CUUCACUAAACCAAACAAACAUUGCCAACAUCGUUCCUCCAAGGCUUCAAUUCACUAUACCAUCAAGUUAUCUUCAGUCUCUUUCUAGCUUUCUUAACUCUUCUUUCUGGGAAAGUUUAUAUUCCUCUUUCAGAGCAAAAAUGGGGUUGUCUAGAAAAGUUACAUGCAACACUUACGGACAAAAUUCCCCUUACUUCCUCGGAUGGAAGGAGUAGAGAAGAACCCAUAUGAUGAUGUUAAGAAUCCUGAGGGAAUCAUCCAAAUGGGACUUGCAGAGAAUCAGUUGUCCUUCGACAUUUUGGAGUCAUGGCUGGCCGAAAAUCCAGACGCGGCCGGAUUCAAGAGGGAUGAACAAUCCACAUUCACAGAGUUGGCUCUGUUCCAAGAUUACCAUGGGCUCUCUGCAUUCAAGAAGGCAUUGGUAGAUUUCAUGGCAGAAAUUAGAGGAAAUAAAGUAAAAUUUGAUCCAAACCGCAUAGUACUCAUGAAGCUGAGAAGGUGCCUCAUAUCCACCCAGCAGAACAACCCCGCAUUGCUCUUGUUCAGGCAGCUGAUACCAGCUACCUCUAGCCCGGUAACAAGCAUUCUCUGUCGUUGUUUCAACCUUUUUUGAUUUUCUGAAAUGUAAUUCUUCGUAAAUUCAUUAUCGGAAAGCAUUGCUGAGAGAAGAUACUGAGUUUGGGAGGAAACUUGGCCAAAGCUGGACAUUUUCGUGGCGGUAUCCAUGACCAUGUUAUCGUUGGAGUAAAUUGCCCCAACUUGAAAACCAGGAAGACCUAGAUCUUUGGAAAGGCUAUACACAAGGUGAACUCUGUUAAAAGCAUAAGAGUUCUCCAACUUCCUAUCUUUCACAAUCUCCAUGAUACUUACAAAUCCUGGAGAGGAAAAAACAGUGCCAGAAUAGAUUUCGUCGCUGAUUAAAUGAAUUUCCUUCUUGGAAAUAAAGUCAACCAGAAGGUUUAAUUCAGCGCGGCUCAUUGAAGUGCCCAAUGGGUUAGAGGGGUUGGUGACUAAGACUCCCUUAACUCUUAGGUUGCGCUUGUGAGCAUGUUGAUAAGCUUCUUCAAGAGCCGAUUCAGUGAUUUGGAAGUCAUUGGAGCUUGUGCAUUCAAUUGGUACAAUCUCCGCCCCAGUUCUCCACUUCAGAUCCCUAUCAAAUCUGAAACAAAAUAAAGCAUAAUUCAGUAACGUAAUUUUCACGCAUAAGGAUGUGAUCACCAUGAAAUUUGAUCCAAACCGCUGGUGCAACCUCUGCAAAUGAGACUCUCAUAUUCUGCCUGGCAGACCCCGGCGACGCUUUUCUCCUUCCGA